UCGACUGGAUAAAACGUUUUGAGACAAGUGAUUUAAUAAAUAGAUAUUAUCUUCGUAGCUUUUGUGUCUAUUUUAAAUGAAACUUUACAUUAUUUUUAUCGAUAUUCAACAUGAACAUCACAUAUCAGUACACUAUCGCUAACUUCUAAGACUGAUCUGGAAUUUCUUACGCUUUACCACGUGCCAAAUAGUGAAUAUGCGUUACAUGAUAGUGAAGGCGAAUGGUGUUUAAGUUGCGGUGUUUGUGUGAGUGUGUUUGUGAUAGUGGCGUGGGUGUGGGCGUGGGCGUGUGGCUUGUGGCGCGCACGGCUCCAAGGUGGUCGGAGGGGGGUUGUUCCGUUGCUGCGUGCCCUGGUGCGGGGCGCGCGCGGCAGCGACCGACGAUGCCGACUAUGCCCUUAGAGAAGGCAGCCCCGAACUUUCCACCCGCGAAUAUGUCAUCCCCGAAACUGUUAUAAACUCUCCACGUCCAAUUGGUCAGCAAUCACCCCUUCCGGGAAUAGAGGAAGAAGAUGAUUCCGAUUGGCCCUUAGAGGACGCCACUGACGCAACUCUCACGCCAUCCUUUAAAAGUACAAGAAGUAGCACUGAUACAGCGUUUACAUCAUCGAGGAGUUCAGGAAAGAAACGUAGUUUUGGUAGUCCCUCAUCAGUGAAGAUAUGUAUAUCAGCGGCGGCCAGAAAGUCUAAUAAAGCACGUAAGCGUGGCGCUGGCAUCAGUACGUCAGCCGGUCAAUCCGGGGACGAAGGGACAACACACUCCAAGAUGCAGGCGGAACAAGGCAGCAUCGGUGAACUGCAGAAGUACCAUGGGAGAUACCUCAAAAGUCGGCGACACACACUCGCUAACGUCCGCUUCGAUGUGGAGAAUGGCGGAGGGGCGGUGGCGGGGGCGAGGUCCCCGCUCGAGGGCGGAUCACCCUCAGCCGCACUCGUGCUCCAGUCCAUGCCGCAGCGCCGCGAAUCCUUCCUCUACCGAUCCGACUCCGAUUUCGAAAUGUCUCCAAAAUCCAUGUCCAGAAACAGUUCCAUCGCCAGCGAAAGAUUCAAGGAGGUCGAGGCUGCACAGUUGGACAGAGCUCAUGGCGAAGACUUGAUAGUGACUCCGUUCGCGCAGGUCUUAGCGAGCCUGCGCAGCGUCCGCAACAACUUCUUAUGCCUCACCAAUGUACCAGUUUCGAAAUCACGUAGAUCAUCAGGUGCGGCAACAGCUGUCACUCCACAGCCAAAGAAUUUCAAUCCAGGAGAUGAAGCAUAUAUGAAGCUAGCUUUAGAAACCGUCGAAGAGCUGGACUGGUGCUUGGACCAGCUCGAGACGAUUCAAACACAUCGCUCCGUCUCCGACAUGGCUUCGCUCAAGUUCAAACGGAUGCUGAAUAAGGAGCUGAGCCACUUCUCGGAGUCCAGCAAAUCCGGAAACCAGAUUUCGGAGUACAUCUGCUCUACUUUCCUGGACAAACAACAGGAACUCGAUAUACCAUCGCUGCAUGUCGAAGAGAACACUGAACGUAUUAAGAAGAAGGAAAAGCCACGCCAUGGCGGAUCUGCAACUACUAUGUCACAAAUAUCUGGUGUCAAAAGAACACUAACACACACUAACAGUUUUACUGGCGAACGUGUACCAAGGUAUGGAGUUGAAACUCCACAUGAAGAAGAGUUGGGUCGCCAAUUAGGUGAACUUGAUCGCUGGGGUGUUGACAUUUUCCGCAUUGGGGAUUUAUCUUGUGGCCGCCCACUCACAGCUGUGGCCUAUGCAGCCUUCACGUCACGGGAAUUAUUGUCAACCCUUCAAAUCCCAGGACGCACUUUCCUUGCCUUCGCAGUAACACUUGAGGAACAUUACAUUCGUGACAAUCCGUUCCACAACUCACUCCAUGCAGCGGAUGUCACACAAUCAACUCACGUCCUGCUUAACACACCAGCUCUUGAUGCAGUAUUUACACCACUUGAAGUCUGCGCUGCAUUGUUUGCUGCUUGUGUACAUGAUGUUGACCACCCCGGUUUGACAAAUCAAUUCCUCGUAAACUCCAGCUCUGAACUGGCUCUUAUGUACAACGAUGAGUCUGUGCUUGAAAACCAUCAUCUUGCUGUGGCCUUCAAACUUCUUCAGAAUGACGGUUGCGAUAUUUUUGUAAAUCUUCAUAAGAAACAAAGGCAGACACUGAGGAAAAUGGUGAUCGAUAUGGUCCUUUCAACAGAUAUGUCAAAGCACAUGAGCCUACUUGCAGAUCUUAAAACCAUGGUAGAAACAAAGAAAGUCGCCGGUAGUGGAGUGUUACUGCUUGAUAAUUACACAGACCGUAUUCAAGUAUUAGAGAAUCUCGUACACUGUGCUGAUCUUAGCAAUCCUACGAAGCCUUUGCCUCUGUAUAAGCGAUGGGUGGCAUUACUUAUGGAAGAGUUCUUCCAACAAGGUGAUCGUGAACGAGAACAAGGAAUGGACAUCAGCCCGAUGUGUGAUCGUCAUAAUGCAACGAUUGAGAAAUCUCAAGUCGGAUUCAUUGACUACAUCGUUCAUCCAUUGUGGGAGACUUGGGCUGACCUCGUUCAUCCAGAUGCACAAGACAUUUUAGACACAUUGGAAGAGAACCGAGACUACUAUCAAAGUAUGAUACCUCCAUCACCGCCUCCAGCACCUGUUUCACACGCAGGAACCGACGACGAGCGCCCCGAACAAAUACGCUUUCAAGUAACUCUCGAAGAGGGCGAAGGUUCAGAGGACUGCGAGGGUGAAGGGGAUGGUGGGAUGUGACGGAAACUAUUGGGAAUCUACAAGAAACUGACCGAGAAGAUGCAGGUGUGGUGGAAGCUCUGGCAGUAGGGCGCGUCCUCCGCCGGCCGGGCGGGUGGACCCUUGUUGGAUAAUACUUGUUGACGCUUACCCACGAAAUGAUGCGAUACGCAAUCGUAACAUUUCUAUCAUAAUUAAAUGUAUUAUGUAAUUACGCGAUGUUGUCUAGAGUUACCUAUCGACUACUUGUCCCUCCAAUGACUGUAUAACAUUCGACUCUGUAGUGUGUUUGUAUUUUUAUUUUUCUUUCUAACCAAAGAUUCGGAGGUCAACUCUUUGCGUUCGUAAGAUCCCUGUGAGUAGUUUGUCUUCUAAUGUUAAAUCGUAUAAGUAGUUUUAGACGUCGACCUCGUAUUUACUGGGUCGACUAUGUAAGGACAUUGAAAACGCUUAUUAAUUGGUAUGAAAGGGUAAUUUAUAUUGUCAUAUCAUCCACGUUUCUCAUAUAUAAUACGGGUUUGCGAAAAUGAUGUUAAUCACCAAAAUAUGUUAACAUAAUAGGUAUUCCUAAAUGUAAACCAAUUUUGUAGAGUAAAAAUUUUUAAAUGCCUUUCGGAGUUGUUGUUUUGUCUCGUCUAUUAGUAUUUUGUAUUCAGUCAGUCUCUUCGCGAGAAGAUACAGAACUGAAUAAAUCCUAUUAAAUAGCUUUACUCGUUUUGGUUACCUAUGCACCUCAAUCGUAUAAAGGAUCGCUGGCGAUUCCCUAUUUUUUUCUUAUUAAAUUAAUUAUUUAUAUUAAAUACAAACUUAAUCAUAGUUUGUUCAUUCAAAACUUAAGUCAUAAAUCUCUAAGGAUAAAUAAUUGUAUGCAACUAACGGCUUGAAGUCUUGAAAUGUUUAAUGAUAAUAAUUACUAACAAUGGAGUGGUUUACUUCUAAGUUUUCUCUACCUAUAAGUAGAUGUUUACCGAAACAGUUUAAGUGCGAACUAUGUGCACCAGGGCCGGGUCUUGCAAUAGUAAAUCUUUAAGUAUAUAGAUUCCUAAAAAUUUUGCGCACAACAUUCACGCCGUACAUUUCAAUGUAGCCAACGUCAUUGCACUCCUCUGGAAACAACCGCUGAUCUGACUCCACGCGGUUUUCUUUGAUGAGCAAAUCUCAUAUCAAUCUAGUAAUCAUUUUACAACAACCAUUUCACAUUGUUUUUGUAUGAUAAAGAUAAUGUAGUUUUAUUUAUCUGUAUUAUGUUUGCAUUUCAUCGACGUCAAUAUGUUACUAUUAUAAAUAUUUGUGAGCUGGUCUCUAUACUUUUAUGUACUCAAAAGAUAUUCGUUAAACUGAUGUAAUGACUUUUUUUUUUAUUUUUGUUCGCUUUUAUAAUUCUGUCAUUGUACCUCCAAACAAAGUAUUAUUUUGCAACUAUUAAUGUUAUGCUCCAUCAUUAAACUGUGUCAAGAAUGAAGGUCCAAUGUACAUUAUUUUCUUAGGUAAAUUAAGAUUCUAUUCAGCUAACAUAUUUACAAAACGUCUGAUUUUAAACGCAUAGAUACCUAUGAUAGUAUAUGAUACGUCGUAUGAGGACAAAAAUAUAUAUAUAUGUAUAACAAAAACGCUUAAAUACAUUUGUGUGUAAUAGAAACAUUACGCUUAGAACAUUUUGUGUUAUAAUAAAUAUAAUAUUUAAAUUAUCUUGAAUAAUGUUUGUACUUGUAGAUCUGUGUGAUGAACGCGCGAUGUAAAUGCGCGUCAUACUGUAUUGGUAGUUCGCGUGAGGACAGAUUGUAUAUCCGGAUGGCGACACACCGAUAAUAAAUCGAUAAUUUACAUCUAUAAAAUGUGUAACUAGUUAUAAUAUGCUCGUUGUGUAAUAUUAAUUUCUAUAUAAAUGGAUGUACCUUCCUAUAUAAAUAUUUGAAUGGGUACUUUGAAUAAAACCCUGUAUACAUUGCGUUCUAUGCGAUAUAUGUAUGUCGCCUUUUUUACUCACGUACUACCUAUAAGUUAUAUCACAUUAGCUAACUACCAAAGAACAAUGUAACGUACCUAAUUUCAUUAUAUUGUGUAUAUGUGCAUCUGGCAUGUCACUUUUUUCAAAUUUGUUGUUUAGAAUUACCUGAUAAGUAUUUCGCAGAGCGGUUUCAGUGUUAUAUAAUUGUUUGUCAGUAUGGAACUAACACUAAGAUUGAUAAACAUAGUUAAAUUAUAAAUACCGAUUUAAGUGUGCAAUGCUGGACAUUUGCAUUACUUACUAUUUAUGUUUAAAACAAAAUAGCUUGUAAUAGUUUAAAUAUUUGAGUUGAAGAAUAUUAAUGUAUUUAGAAUAAAAAAUAAUUAAAGAAAACAA